AUGACCACUCUUUGGGUGCUGCUGCACGUUGCCGCUCACCGUGACUACGAGCUUCACUCUCUUGACUUCAGUACAGCCUUCUUACAGGGCAGUCUGCACGAGGAGAUCUGGCUGCGCCGCCCAUCCGGCUUCACUGGGUCGUUCCCUCCUGGUACCCAUUGGAGCCUCAGGCGACCGGUCUACGGUCUCCGCCAGGCGCCACAUGAGUGGCACGAUACACUGAGGACGACCCUUGCGGCUCUUGGGUUUGCUCCAUCGAUUGCUGACCCGUCGCUGUUUCUGCGCACCGACACUUUGCUGCCGCCGUUCUACAUCCUCGUGUACGUCGACGACUUGGUCUUUGCCACUGCUGACACUGAGGCUCUCGCCCUGGUGAAGUCGGAGCUGCAGAAGAGACACACGUACACAGACCUGGGUCACUCGCUCUCAGCUCCACCUUCGGACGAGUCGGUAGAGCCGAGUGGUCCUUACCCCGAGCUAGUCGGCCGCCUCAUGUACCUGAUGACCUGCACUCGUCCUGACCUUGUGUACCCUCUUGGCCUUCUGGCUCGCUACGUGGCUCCUGGUCGGCACCGAAAGGUGCACAUGGAUGCUUCUAAGAGGGUACUACGCUACUUGUGCAGUACAUCGGGCAUGGGGCUCGUGCUUGGAGGACGGAGCGACGUUGUCCUCACUGGGCACUCAGACGGUUCUUGGGUUGACGACCAGGCUACGCAGCGGUCGUCACAGGGUUACACCUUCAGCCUUGGUUCUGGUUUAGUUUCCUGGCGCUCUACACGUUCGUCUUUAGUUCUCAGCUCUAGUUGUGAGGCCGAGAUCUAUGCCACGGCUAUGGCGGCACAGGAGCUACGCUCGCUCACCUACCUGCUGACCGACUUGGGAGAGCGGCCUCGUUCUCCUCUAGUGCUGUACGUUGACAACAAGGCCGCCAUUGGCUUGUGUCAGGAGCACAGACUGGAGCCUAGAACGAAGCACAUCGCUCUACGUCUUGCUUACGUGGCCACUCGGGCCAACACUGCUGAUAAAUUCACCAAGGCGCUUCCGCCUGGUGAUCAUCAGCACGGUCUCUCCCUGUUUGACCUCACUUCUGGUGCCUCUCCUGCCCCUGCUGCUGAUGUUGACGCCACUGUUCGCUCACAGUGGGCCACGCGUGAUGCUGCUGCCCGCCUUGCUCUGCGCCGCCACUUACCGACCGCUGAGCGCGCGCAUUUUAGUCAGUACAAGAGUGCUAAGACCUUGUACGACGCUUGA